UUUAGCUUCGGUCGCCAGAAUGAAAUCAACGCUAAUAGUUUUGCUUCUUGCGGUAGCCGCAUCAAACGAAUACAUGCUCAACAGAGAUGCUUACAACCCGUUCGAACCCUUCAUAGCAGGUGGAACAAACUCGGCACUCGGUCAGUUCCCUUCAAUCGUUGCCGUCGGUCUCCCAGCUCCAACCUACGCAUUUUGUGGCGGUGUUAUAUUGAAUGAGAAUCAUGUGUUGACAGCAGCUCUUUGUGUUCUGACUCCCCAAAACACCUUGUUAGCUCCUGGACAGGUGACCAUAAUGUCAGGAGCAUUGCAACUGAAUUACACUGCUCCUCGGAUCGGUGUAUCAGCGAUUUAUGUUCAUCCAGAAUACAACCCGUUCACAUUCGCCAACAAUUUGGCCGUUUUGAGGACCAGUUCCAAUUUCGUCCCACCGGAUGUAGCUAUUCAAAACAUUGCUUUUGCCAUACUAGGCGAUGAAAUUCCAUUCGACGGAAUGGCCUGCCAGGCAGCUGGCUGGAACAACGCCACAAAUUUUCCAACACAGCAGUUUAUUGCUGCUCCAAUUAUCAACAGAGACAUCUGCGCCGGGUUAGCCGUACAUUUCGGACGGAUUGAAGAGUCCAUGAUUUGUGCGGGUGGUACGGCGCAGGGACCGGGUGUCUGUGCAAGUAACAUGGGAACUGGUUUAUUCUGCGACGGCCGUGUCGUUGGAAUUUUGUCCACUGGAUUCGGCUGUGGUGCGGCAAACAAUCCUGGAGUAUACACUCAGCUACGAUUCUAUGAACCGUGGAUUCAACAGCAGUACAGACGCCAGGACAUUCCGCCGGCUGGUUCGUCGCCGAUUCCGUCAUGGUGAUGUGAUGAAAACUAAUAAAUACGAAUUAUUUUAUUUGAA